GCCAUUUUGUGUCGCCAAUUCUUCGUUGGAUGCGGACAGCACCCUGGGGCACCAGUGAUGGAAGGGCAAGAAAGCAUGACCGACAUCCAGAACUACCUGGACAACUUUCAAAAGGAUCUCCAAACCAACACCAAUGACCCAGCCGGCGGCGGAGGCGAAGUGGGCCAGGUGUACAUGGACCAGUCUGGCCAGUACUUCAUCAGGGAGGCGCCGCAACAGCAGCAACAGCAGCAACAACAACAGCAACAGCAACAGCAGCAGCAGCAGCCGGAGACUAACCUGCGCCGCUCGAAGCGGGUGCGCUCCUCGACGGCGGUGAGCGCCGCCGGCGACCCGGGCGUGGUGCAGCUGGCCGGCGCGCAGGCCGUGGCCGGCGCCGGCAACUACCAGACGGUCACCAUCGUGCCCUCGGACGCCAACUCGGACGAAGUCAGCUACGUCCUCAUCGUGCAGCCCGACGCCGAGGAGGGCCAGAAGCAAGAGGAGGACGACGACCAGACCAUCGGCGUGUACGACUUCGACGAGGGUGACGAGCAGGCCGAGGAGGAGGAGUCGGGCGACGAGGAGGACAAGCGGAAGCUGUCCCGCAUCGUCACCCGCAAGUCCUCGCAGACGGUGUCCCAGGCGCACAUGUGCAGCUACUGCAACUACACCAGCCCCAAGAGGUACCUGCUGUCGCGCCACAUGAAGUCGCACUCGGAGGAGCGGCCGCACAAGUGCUCCGUCUGCGAGCGCGGCUUCAAGACGCUAGCCUCGCUGCAGAACCACGUCAACACGCACACCGGCACCAAGCCUCACUGCUGCAAGUUCUGCGACGCCAACUUCACCACCUCAGGCGAGCUGGUGCGCCACGUGCGCUACAUCCACACCAAGGAGAAGCCGCAUAACUGCACCGAGUGCGAGUAUUCGAGCGUCGAGCUGAGCAAGCUGCGCCGCCACAUGCGCUCCCACACCGGCGAGCGGCCCUACCAGUGUCCGCACUGCACAUACGCCUCGCCGGACACGUUCAAGCUGAAGCGACACCUGCGCAUCCACACGGGCGAGAAGCCGUACGAGUGCGACAUCUGCGGCUCCCGCUUCACGCAGAGCAACUCGCUCAAGGCGCACCGCAUGAUCCACUCCGGUGACAAGCCCAUCUACCACUGCGAGCUGUGUCCGACCACGUGCGGCCGCAAGACGGAUCUGCGCAUCCACGUCCAGAAGCUGCACACCUCCGACCGGCCCAUCAAGUGCAAACGCUGCGGCAAGAGCUUCCCCGAUCGCUACUCGUUCAAGCUACACAGCAAGACACACGAGGGUGAGAAGUGCUUCAAGUGCGACCUGUGCCCGUACACGUCCAUCUCGCAGCGCCACCUGGAGUCUCACAUGCUCAUCCACACGGACCAGAAGCCGUUCGUGUGCCAGCACUGCAACCAGUCGUUCCGCCAGAAGCAGCUGCUUAAGCGGCACGUCAACCUGUACCACAACCCGAGCUACAUCCCGCCGCAGCCGCGCGAGAAGACGCACGAGUGUCCCGAGUGCGGCCGCGCCUUCCGCCACAAGGGCAACCUGAUCCGCCACCUGGCCAUCCACGACCCGGAGGCCAGUGCCGCCGAGAAGCAGCUGGCACUCAAGCUCGGCCGCGAGACCAAGGUUUCGAUGCUGGACUCGCGCCAGAUGCCGAUGUACGAGGAGUCCGACGAGGACCUGGGCGCCGGCAUGGCCGAGAAUCAGGACCUGCAGAGUCGCGAGAAGAUGGUGGCCGUGCAAGGCCAGGACGGCCAGCAGUACGUGGUGCUGGAGGUCAUCCACCUGCAGGACGCCAACGGCGAGGAGCAGACGGUGGCCGUGGUGCCGGACUCG